AUGGUAUCCUUCAUUGGCCGAAAUAAUGUUGGUGGUCCAUUGGAAUUAUCUUCACAGAAGAAAUUUGAUGAAAUUAAGAAAGCGAAUCAGGCUGCAGCAAGAAAGCUGGCUGAGGAGCAGUUUAGUUCUUCAUCAGAGGAUGAUGAUGAAGAUGCUGAAAUAAAACAAGGGAAGAUUUUGGCAAAAACAUUCACCAUUUACACCAAUCAAACAGAUGGAGAUGCAAGUGAACUGGAACGUACAAGACAGUACAUGAACGAAGCUUUUCAGUCAGGGGCUAUGACAUGUCUGAUCUGCAUUGCUUCAGUUAAAAGGAACCAAGCUGUCUGGAGCUGUUGUGGAUGUUUCUGUAUAUUUCACCUGGUGUGUAUCCAAAAGUGGGCCAAGGACAGUCUUUUCCUUGUGUCGUCUCCCUUGACAGAUGAUGAUUUUGGGAAGAAGGACUAUCCAUGGCCAUGCCCAAAAUGUAGGUUUGAAUACAAACGGUCUGAAACUCCCAAUAAAUAUUACUGUUACUGUGGAAAAGUAGAGAAUCCAACAGUGGACCCAUGGCUGGUACCUCAUUCCUGUGGUCAAAUAUGUGAGAAGGAAUUCAAACCUCCUUGUGGGCAUAAAUGUUUGCUACUUUGUCAUCCAGGUCCUUGUCCACCUUGCCCAAAGAUGGUCACAACAUCCUGUCACUGCAGGAAAGCUAAACCAGUGCCCCGAAGGUGUAGUGCCAAGGAGUGGUCAUGUCGUCUGCCAUGUGGACGAAUGUUGCUGUGUGGACAACAUACUUGUGAGAAUCCCUGUCACUCAGGAGAUUGUCAGCCUUGUCCACGUGUCAGUAAACAGCGGUGCAUCUGUGGAAGGCAGACAGCAGAAAGGCUUUGUGCAAGUCCUCAGUGGCAGUGUGAGCAGGUGUGUGGAAAAGCUUUACCUUGUGGUAAUCACACAUGUGAACAAGUUUGUCAUGCUGGUCCCUGUGGAGACUGUCCUCGUUCUGGGAAAAGGUCCUGUCCAUGUGGAAAAUCAAAGUUUACGUUGCCUUGCACAGAAGAUGUGCCCACCUGCGGUGAUAGCUGUGACAAAGUUUUAGAAUGUGGCAUCCAUAAAUGUUUGCAGCGCUGUCAUCGAGGUCCCUGUGAAAUAUGCCGACAGGAAGUUGAAAAACAGUGUCGCUGUGGGAAGCACACUAAACGCAUGCCUUGUCAUAAGCCUUAUUUAUGUGAGACAAAGUGUACUAAAAUUCGUGAUUGCCAAAAGCACCAGUGCAGAAGAAAGUGCUGUCCUGGAAACUGUCCACCUUGUGAUCAAGUCUGUGGGCGGACCCUCGGUUGCAGAAAUCACAAAUGUCCUUCAGGCUGCCACAGAGGUAGUUGUAAUCCGUGUCCAGAGACUGUAGAUGUGAAAUGCAAUUGUGGAAAAACUGUAAUUAAAGUGCCCUGUGGUAGAGAGCGCACCAUCAAGCCUCCCAAAUGUAAACAGCUGUGCAGUCGCCCUCCUACCUGUCAUCACCCUACCCAGGAGAAGCACUAUUGUCACUUUGGCCGGUGUCCUCCCUGUCGUCAGUCCUGCCAGAAGACAUUAACGUGCGGUCAUUUGUGCCCUGUUUCCUGCCAUGAUGAAGCACUUGUGAAGCAAACUGGCAUUCAUCAGUUUGCAGGUCCUUGGGAGCAGCCAUCUGAGCCAGCUUUUAUUCAGACUGUGUUACCAUGUCCACCCUGUGAGGUUCCUAUACCCGUGGAGUGUUUUGGACAGCAUGAGGUUAGUCCAUUACCGUGUCACUCUGCAGGUCCCUACUCAUGUAAAAGAUUUUGUGGGCGACUUCUUAGUUGUCAGAAUCACACUUGUAUGAAGGAAUGUCAUCAUGUUACUAAAAUCAACAGUAAUGCAGAUGGAAAGAAGGCAGGUCCAGAAUGUUUGCAAUGUGAAGAGGAGUGUACCAAGCCACGGCCGUUGGGCUGUCCUCACCGAUGUGUUUUACCCUGUCAUCCUGGGGAUUGUCCAUCAUGUCUCCAGAUGCUUAAAAUAAAGUGUCACUGCAAACUGUCAGCACUGUAUAUUGAAUGCUUAAAACUAACGAGUGCAGAUGUAAAAGAAAAAGAUCUUCUUACUUCCUGCAAAAAUCAGUGUCCAAAACAGGUAAGCUCUGUUAACAACUAAAUAUUUGAUUUGGCU